AUGCAUCUUGAACUGGAGGAGAUCGAGGCAUCAAUCAGAGCCCUGCCGCAAUCGGAAAGUAUCGCAUUGGGAGACAUCUCUGGCAUCAGGUACUGUGCACUUCCAGCCAGAGAUCGGGACCGAGCGGAGCCUAUCAUCAUCGACGGCGAGGUCGCAGUGCCAGGCAUGGAGCCUUACGAUAUGGGCCAGCACCUGCCCGCAGCCGUCGCAUUCUUGCAGGAGCAGGUUGCCGCAGGCCGAAGAGUGCUCAUUCACUGCCUACGCGGUGAGAACCGUGCAGGGGCAGUGGCCGCUGCAUUCCUCGUGGCUGAAGCAGCAUUGCCAGCAGACGCUGUGCACAAGGUGCAGGAAGCUCGUGGCAACUUUGCGCUUUCCAACAGAGCAUUCGUGGAGCAGGUACAUUCCUUUGCCACGGAGAGGUCAAGGUCCCGCUCUGAGCUGCGCAGGAGAGCAGACGUCUCAGAGACAAAUGGCGUCGUGGUUGCGCCCUUGCCUGCGAAACGGUUGCCGACGCGGCGGCAUGUCACAGCCGGCUUCAACUUUCUGCAGGCGGUGCAGAAGGAGCCUAUGUCCUCCGGUGGCCUUGCGAUGAAAUUUCCCAUGUGGCUGAUUCCUGGCUCAGUGCUGGCGAGAUUGGAGCACCCACUCUUGCCCCACGAGACCCUGUUACAACAAGGCAAACUAGUCAGGUGGGAGCCGGGACAUCCACGCAAGGUCGUCUUCAUCAGUCACGAAUGGCUCGGCACGUAUCAUCCCGAUCCAGACUUCAAACAGUUCAAAGUGCUCCAGUUGGCUCUCGAGAAUCUUCGGAAAGGCCUGGCAAGAGUCCGGAAGGACACAGUCUCUGAACUCCUGCGUAUUCCUUUGCCAAUGCCCUCCGAUGCAGAGCAACGCAACUGCCUGGACUGGGAUUUCUGGUAUGACUACAUCAGCUGCCCACAGUUGAGUGUGGUGUCUGAUAUGGAAGUCACCAUGGAAGAGAUGAGUGCCAGCAAAGGCGAACUUGCUGACGCUAUUGCGAGCAUCCCCGCGUACUGCGACAAAGCUGAUUACACCAUUGUUUUGGUAGUCGAGGUUGGUGCCGUGCAGAGCGCACUGCCACGGUCUUCUCUGCAGGGAAGGUUUACAGUCGAAGAGGACAGAAAGGUGCUGCAAGAGUUGACGGGGGAGGCAGAAUUUUUGAAUGAAGACCUUGACCAUUUCCUCGAUCGGUACAGCCUUUUGGAUGCUCGCUCGGCCGUCGAAGGAAUGACCCCUCUGCUCCCGGAGGCUCACAUUGACGGGACCGUUCUGACAGCACUUUCGCUGGCCGCGUCCUUAUCUUCCAAGGAGGCAGUUCUGGCUCUACUAGAUGCACGGGCAUCCUUGGAUCUUCCUUCUGGUAUCAGUGGAGCAGGGGUGGUCGUGCAGGCUGCCUACUUUGGCAAUGCAUCGGUGCUUGGAACACUCAUCGAGAGGCGAGGAGACAUGAAUCAUCCGACCAAUUUGGGUGGCAACGCGCUCUUGGCAGCAGCAGGAGCGUCGAAUGUCGACUGCACUCGAAUAUUGUUGGAGCAAAGGGCAGACCCAAAUUUCAUGAACUACAUCGGCUCCACAGCACUAUCCUUCAGUUGCCUUUUCAACACAGAUGCGGGGCAUGCAGAGCUGUUGCUGCAAGCACGAGCUGAUCCGAACCUGCGCGGCUUAGCUAAGAACUGCCUUUGGGCAACUGUUUGCUGGGCUUGCCAAAAGACGAUCCAGAUGGGCAGUGCAACCUCGAUCCACUGGAACAUAGCCUUGUCGAAUGGGGGCACGCCACUGCAUGUGGCUGCUCUGAACGGCAACUUGCAGGUUGCCAUGCUUCUCAUGGAGCAUGAUGCACAUGUGGAGGCCACCUGGGGAGACACUUUGCUAACUCCCCUCGAUUUGGCCCAGAACCACGAUCACCAGGAUCUCGUCGCGUGCCUGGAAACAGAACAGCGUCUGCGGCGCGAUGUGCACGUUUAUGAAACUCAGAGAGUUUGA